UCCUCGCAGUGUAUUGCAAGUAUAGCCUACACUACAUAUCCUAGCUUGCACUGCGUCGACAGCAGUCGUGUGUUGGUUCUCCAAGAUGGCGUCGUUGGGAAGGAGGCGCGGUGUCCAAGUCAACAGGGAGAGGGGAGUGAUGGCGGCAACGGACUGCUACAUCGUUCAUGAGAUCUACAACGGGGAAAACGCGCAGGACCAGUUUGAGUACGAGCUGGAGCAGGCACUGGAGGCACAGUACAAGUACAUUGUGAUCGAGCCCACGCGCAUUGGCGAUGAGACGGCCCGCUGGAUCGCCGUGGGCAACUGCCUGCACAAGAUGGCCGUGCUGUCAGGUACCGCCUGCCUCCUGACGCCGCUCUCGCUACCGCCCGAGUACUCGCGCUACGUAGCACUGCCCACUGGUGCCCUCAGCGUGGCAUGCUCCACCCUCUAUGGAAUCUCCUGGCAGUUCGAUCCCUGCUGCAAGUACCAGGUGGAGUACAACAGCCAAAAACUCUCGCGGCUGCCCCUGCACACACUCACCUCCUCCACGCCAGUGGUGCUGGUGCGCAGGGACGACAUCCACAGAAAGAGACUCCACAACACGAUAGCGCUGGCCGCCCUGGCCUACUGCGCCAAGAAGAUCUACGAACUCUACGCGGUAUGAGCACACUCGGAAGAGGUUUUAAGAAUAUAUAUAACGGGAAAAGAAUCCACCAAGUGGAAGCCAUGAGCACAGUUGAGGGUUUGCCCCUAACCCCCCCCCCCACCCCACUUGAGCGGGCGCUUAAUUUUGGGCUGUUUGAUGGAUCAGAGGGAUAUAGUUAAAUCUAGAAGGAAUUAUUUUUACCUUCUCAUUUUCUUUACUUGUAAGUGACAUCACCAGUGCACUUAUCCAUAUGGAACCCUUGUGCCUCUUCCCUGUCCCUGUAUCCCACAAUACACUAAGUUAGUGCACAAUGGUAGCUAAGUAAAAAUAAAUAGACUGAAUCGUGUUGCAGUUGAAAUGGACAGACUUAAGUAUUACCAACAUUUGUCUAUUCCUUGUAGUUUUACUGUACCCCUUUCUUGCUGAUCAGUACGUCACCCUUUCAUUAAACAUUAGGAUAUUUCAAACUCUCCUUUCUGUAUUUUCUUUUUCAUUAAACAAAUUCUACACCAUG